UUGCUAAAUUCGUUUUCAUUAUCGUUAAUUGUCAAUUGUAGAUGUCGUAUGACUAUUAUCAAUGAAAUUUAAUGUUCUUUAGUUCUUCAUUCAAAAAAAAAAAAAAAAAAAAAAAAAAAAAAAAAAAAGUAGUUUAAGAGAAAUUGAAAAUGGGGGUGAAUGAAAACUACCGACGGCUAAGCUAAGUUAUCGAUACUUGUCAAUGUUAUCAUGCAUGUGAGCACAGAGAGAGCUCUACCAAUCACUAUAAUGUGAUCAGCUGCAAAUCUGCAAUAUUUCACAACAUUAAUAUUCAAAAGAUCUACCCUUUUCUUCUUCAAUUCCAUUACAAACCCUCUUUCAAUUCAAAAAUUCAAUCUGUUCUCCAAAUCAAUUUAAAUUGCUCUUUCAUUUCUGAGAUCUUUGACUUCUUUAUUCUUACUAUCCUUUUACAUCACAUUCCUAAAUUUUCUGCUUGCCCCAUCAAAUUAGUAAUUCAGUGAAACAAUUUUUUACUAGAUUUUCUCAAAUUUCCCAACUUUUUAUUUAGUGUAAUUAGAUAAUGAGGCGGAGAAACACCAGCUUUGGGCGGCAGAAUAGGCGGCGGUACUCGAAUCUAAUAUGGUUGGUGUUGUGUGGAUUGGUUGUGUUGUUGUUUUUCAUUGUUCUUCUCAGCAAAGAUAAUCAACCCAUGUCAAAACCUGCUUUGGCAAAGAGGUCUUUCAGGCAAGAUAGAAUUUUAGAAGGCCUUAAUGUUACGGAGGAGAUGUUGAGUCCAACUUCAUUAACAAGGCAGCUGAGUGAUCAAAUUGCUUUAGCUAAAUCACUUGUUGUGAUAGCUAAGGAAAGCAAUAACCUACAAUUCGCCUGGGAGCUAAGUGCUCAGAUUCGCAACUCACAGAUCCUACUUUCUAAUGCUGCCACAAGACGAAGCCCGUUGACAAUCAGAGAGUCUGAAACUGCUAUUAAGGACAUGGCACUUCUGCUUUAUCAAGCUCAGCAACUUCAUUAUGACAGUGCUACCAUGAUAAUGAGAUUAAAGGCUAAAAUCCAGUCUCUUGAAGAACAAAUGAGUACUGUCAGUGAUAAAAGUUCAAAAUAUGGGCAAAUAGCUGCUGAGGAAGUCCCAAAAAGCCUCUAUUGUCUUGGUGUUAGGCUUGCAAGUGAAUGGUUUAGAAAUCAGAAUACACAGAGAAGGCUUGCUGAAAACAAAUUAAGUGCCUUGAAACUUGAAGAUAACAGCCUUUAUCAUUUCUGUAUUUUCUCUGACAACAUCCUUGCAACAUCAGUUGUUAUAAACUCCACUGCUUUGAACUCAGAACAUCCGGAAAAGGUUGUUUUCCACCUUGUAACUGAUGAGGUUAACUAUGCUCCUAUGAAGGCUUGGUUUACAAUGAACGACUUCCGUGGAGUCACCGUUGAGGUUCAAAAGAUUGAGGAUUUCAGUUGGCUUAAUGCUUCCUAUGUUCCAGUCCUUAAGCAGCUCCAGGAUUCAGACACUAAAAACUAUUACUUUUCAGGCAACAAUGAUGACAACAAAACACCAAUAAAGUUCCGGAACCCUAAGUAUCUUUCAAUGCUGAAUCAUCUCCGGUUUUAUAUCCCAGAAGUUUAUCCAGCAUUGAAGAAGGUAGUUUUCCUCGAUGAUGAUGUUGUUGUCCAAAAGGAUCUCUCUUCUCUAUUCUCCAUUGAUCUGAAUGGUAAUGUGAACGGGGCAGUCGAAACAUGUAUGGAAACAUUUCAUCGGUAUCACAAGUACUUGAAUUAUUCUCAUCCUCUGAUACGAUCACAUUUUGACCCUGAUGCAUGUGGGUGGGCAUUUGGCAUGAACAUCUUUGACUUGGUAGAAUGGAGGAAUAGAAAUGUCACGGGAAUCUAUCACUAUUGGCAGGAAAAGAACAUAGACCGCACUCUGUGGAAAUUGGGCACUCUUCCACCCGGGUUGCUGACUUUCUAUGGGUUGACGGAGCCAUUAGAUCCCUCAUGGCAUGUUUUGGGAUUGGGAUACACGACUGUUGACCCAAAGUUGAUUUCAAAGGGGGCUGUACUGCACUACAACGGGAACUCAAAGCCGUGGUUGAAGAUUGGAAUUGAAAAGUACAAACCGCUUUGGGAAAAAUAUGUUAAUUACGAUCAUCCUAUACUCCAACAUUGUAAUGUCCACUGAUCUGAAAAAAAGUGGUGGUUUUCUUGAUCUUCCUUCCUACUCCAGCCUCAGAUGUACACGAGCCCUGAGAUUUUGUAAACAGGAGGUGCUUGCUAGGUUCAUUUCACAUUAGCGGGCUGAGUUGUUCUAGUAGCGACGACCAUCUAGUCCAUUGUUCUUGUAGCCUCUAGCAUUGGCUAUGCAUGUAUACACAUUUUUUGGACAGUAUAACUCUUAGACAUUGUUUUUUAAGCCUCAGGCUAAAUUAUGUAACUACUUCGUCUUCUUGUA